AUGGCCACCAAGAUUGACUCUGCUCCCACUCAGCACAUGACCCGCGGCUGUGUGCGUUUUACACCCGGCCCUUCAUAUGGGGAUGCUACUUCAGCUCUGAAGAAGAUCCCGCGAUACCUUUUCAGAGUCCAUGCACCAAGCACCUCAGGUGAAACAUCACUAAAAUCUGUCGUGUCAAGAGCUGCUCUCUGUGGUCACGCUGGAUCCGACUGCGACAUAUUCUCGAUGCCUCCGGACGAAGCAGCCGAGAUGCUCAACUGUCACCUUCGCGGUUGGGCUCGGGAUGGUGACAACCUCAUGUCUUGGACGAGCUCAUUACUUUUCGCCCUUCAAUACGCACUGUAUCGCAGCAUCAUGCCCAAAAACGGGCGUCCCGACGACCCGUCCGAUAUCUGGAUCUAUAUCUUGGACACAAGACUUUUGCCUGGAGGUUCUUUUAUUCCCGACGUUGCACUCCUUGACGAAUUCACUGGGAAAGACGCAGCACGCACGCUCUUUCCCGAGCUCGGGCUGCCGAACAAGAAUCUCGAACUGGCAAAAAAGGUCUGCAGGCUUUGCGUCCAAUGCUUCGCUUCACCCACGCCGGCGACGAAGGCCGACUUCCGCUUUGCCAGCUCCAUUGCGCAGGGAUGUUUCGGAGCGGAAGACGAAUGGGCACUUCCAAUGACAGCCGCAUUACUCUCUCUGCGGAAGCGACCGAUAAAUGAUGUUGUAAUCAUUGGCGGGUUCAAGGCCCUAUUCUCGGAUCAAGAGAUUUGCGAACAUAACCUCGAUACCUUCAAGACCUUCCCCCUUGAUACACACCCGGAAAUCCACCAAUUCUCCAACAUUAUCCAAGAUCUUCACAGCGACUACUGCACCAGAGGUCUUGAUUCUGUUAUCGCUACUGCCGCCAAGCUGUCGCAUGUACCUUCACAGUACCAGCUCUACGUCAACCCAAACCUGAGUUGUUCUUCGUAA